CGCAGUGUCGCUAUGGGAGCAGUUCCAGGGCGCGCCGCAUCUUCCGGUGCGCGUCUCUCGCGUCGGGAGAUGGCUUCCGGCGGGCGCUGUAGACGCGGCCUCGAGGCGCAACGAGGACGGCGCCCGCGGGUUCUUCGAAAUGCCCGAAGUAGCUGCCAAGAGGGAUCUGACGGGGCUCUUCCUGCGGUGUCUGACGGAGGAGUGGCCUCCGUUCACGUUCCUUGGCGAGCAGAGCGGGGACAACGUGAAUGUUCAAGGCAUUUUCAGGGACGUGUGGGACGAACUUCAGAGCAGACUCAACUUCACGUACGUAUUGUGGCUUUACACAGGGCGCCUGGUAGUGUGCGUCACGGCCUCACACGAACAGCCGAAGGCCUUUUCGCUGUAUUUCAUUUCCAGGGCAAUAUCUUCUUGCCUUCGUAG